UAGCAUCAUCAACAAUUACAACACCAAGUUUAUCAGCAAUUUCUACAACAACAGCAUCAUCAGUUCAAGUGUCGGCAGCGACAAAUUUCGAGUCAUUCUCAGCCGCUAUAAUCUCGAAUCUAACAGUUCAACAUUUUUCAGCAUCAGCCCAAUCAGCAAGUGAACUCUUUAAGAAAUCUUCUCUAGAGCUAUCCAUAAUUGCUAUAAAAUCAACAAACUAUGAUAAUGAAAAUGGCGCUCAUUUUUCGACAGAAUUGCCAAAGAUUACUGAAAAUGUACCAACGGAAGCAAAAAGCGUCGGCGAUGGCCAAGAAAGAGCUCGGUCUGUAGUUCCAUCUUAUCAUACCCAGGAAAAACAGGGUACUGUUUUGCAAUCUAGCCUAUCAAAACUGCCUGCUCCUCUCUCGGAUAGAAUCAAUACCUUGUCUGAAUCGUCAAUGGUUGUUGCAGGUGGAAGUACAGUUCAGAAUAAAAAAGUGAUGCCUUCGUUGGUCGUCUCGUUCUCUCAACAACAUACGUCCGUCAUCCCUAAUGGCUCUUCUCUGAACAAGUUGACCCUUCCAGAAAGCCUGUCAUUGCAGCCGAAAUCUCAACCUCAGAUUGAUAUUCUGACGAUAGCAAAGAGAUUAUCUAAUACAAUGGCUCUUGAGAAACCUCCGACCUUUACCACUUCACCAAUCUCUUCAAUGCAAACCAUUGAACCGAAAAGAUCACAAAAUAAUCACCCAGAAACCAGCCACGAGAAAGGUGAAAAUACGUCAAGCGUCACUUUAAGUGCCAGUUCAUUUCCUGAUUCGGUUUACUUGAAAAGUUUACCAGAGAAGGCUGACAGCAUAGUGUCUGAUCCGAAAUUCUUCUCUGCUGUAGGAAAACUAAAAGACAUGUUGGAAAAUGAGAAAUCGGGAACAUCAUUCGAACAAGUGCAAAGUAUUAUGGGAGACUUGCGAGGUCUCAUGGGAACUGGCGUUUCUUCGUCUAUCUCUGGGUCAUCUCCUUAUAGCUCGUUACCAACUACGGUUACACGCACCCGCGAUGAUGAGGCCCGCGGUAUGGUGGCUCAUCUGAAAAGGAUUAGUGAUCAACUAGACCACCUCUCGUCCAUGCUUGAAAACCAACAGCAGAAGACCGACACGAAUGGUAAUACACAGCGCUCACAUAUCGAGGUACCAAGUGAUCAAGUAGCGAUUAUUUCUCGUCAGAUCAAGCUGCUGCGUCUGUUUAAUGAUAAACUGAACCAGUUAAAGAAGUUAGUCAUGACGAAAUGGUUACAUAAGACAGUAAAGGACGCUCUGAAAAACUCGUUAAGACAAGAAGUUGUCGAGACUCUGGACUUCCCUAACGACAGCGCCAAGGCAACAUUUAGUUCAACAACGGUAAAUGGACCAACAGCGCGCAUUAACCAUCUAGUAAGCCAACAUUCCGUAUCAAAAGUGAAAAUAUAUACGGUUUCUAGUGCUGGAGUGAGUCUCGAUCAUAACUCGGCUGACACCUUGGAUGAAACAUUUGAUUCUGUACACGAAGAAGUUCCAGACACAAGAUUUCUGAGUUAUAAAGGAACAUUCUCCAUAAUAGCAAGCACAAGUAUUUCCGGGAGUAAUUACAUUAGUUCGGUACAACGAAUUGGACCUACUUCAAGGACUAUUAGUGCAGUGGUGGCCUCACAUGCUUCACACCCUAAUUCCACCAUCUCUUCCCCUGGGCAUUCGUCUAUACGGAAACAAGAUAAUGGUGAGGUCUUCACCAGAGUGACAUUCCGGAGUGGAAUAGAAGCAGGGAUUUUCACGGAGCAGGGAAAGGUCAAAGACAUGGACCAAUGUGUUGAUUACUGCCAAAAUAGAACCAACUGUCACGUUGCAUUCAUGGUAGAACGGUCCUGUUACUCCAUUCAGUGUUAUAGUCAGAAGACCUGUGAGAUAUUGCCGGUUAAUACAAGUGAAGUUACCACUGAAGUAGUAUACAUGAAGGGCAGACUUGCGCAACUGCCAUACGAGCUAAAAAAUAUCGCGCAAAGACAAGAGAACAGAACGAUCGAUCUACAGCAGUGUGUACGGAACAUGACGGUUCAUUUAAAUGUUACGCUAAGGGACGGGAUACGAGCGGGGAAUUUUACUGACUUGGGUAAAGUGGAAAGCAUGGAGACGUGCUUCCGGUCAUGUUGUAACCGGAAGUCGUGCGAUGCAGCGUUUAUGGUAUUGAAGAACUGUUUUAUUAUUGACUGUGUCAGCAAGGAAGCCUGUGCCGCGAUACCAUCAAGACUCGGUAGGAUCAGUACUUCUCUUGUGUACUUCAACAAGACGUACGAUGAAGCAAUGGUUUCUGCAAUUGGACCAAAGGUGAAACACCCGGCGUGCCCACUGGCGGCCGAUAUAUUCUCCCAAGUGACAUUCAAUGGAGGAAUACGCGCGGGUAACUUCACGGACCACGGAGAGGUGGAAACCUUUGAUGACUGUCUUAAAAAGUGUUGCGAUACUUCAUACUGCGAUGCUGCCUUUAUGGUGGUUAAGAACUGUUACUCUGUCAAAUGCGCCGCGAAUAGGCGCAGGUGCUUACCGGUACCUUCACGCAUUACCAAGUAUAAGACUUCUAUUGCUCUUCUGAAGAGAGGUGGCUUUGAGAAAUGGGAACGCAGGCUAAACAAGAUCACGCAGUGUUCCAGGAAGCCGGAGAUCCUGACAGGUGUUACUUUCCGUGGUGGGAUAAAGGCAGGGCAUUUCAAAGACCAAGGUGCUGUGAGAAAUAUGGGCGAUUGUGUCAACAAAUGCUGUAGGAAACCGUCAUGCGAUAUCGCAUUUAUGGUAGAUGGAAAUUGCUAUUCCGUCAAGUGCGACAAAAACAAAAGUCUUUGCGAGCCAGAGUAUGCUAAAACGACAUCACACAACACUUCAAUGGCGUUUAUCAGGGUGAAGACCAACAAGCUUAAGCUCGGUUCACACGUGCAGUCGGUAUUAAAUAGAGACUGUGACGUGAGCUCCGUGCAGAUGAAUGUGAACCUGACCGGUGGAUGGCAAGCGGGGAAGUUCAUCAGGUAUCCAGACGUCCACACUAUUCACCGCUGCGCGCAGAUCUGCUGCGGAUACAAGGGCUGCGCUUCAGCUCUCAUGCUUGGAGGUCGCUGCUACAACCUUAUCUGCUUCAGCGAGGAGCAGUGCCACUUGCGCAAGUCUAGCGGCUCCUUUAUGGUUCCCAAGUUUGUCCACGUUAGAGCCUCUCCUCUUGUUGUCCUUCCUGGUAAUGGUCUCACAGUCCAGAGCACGAACAAUUUCAAUAGCAGCCUCGAGCAGUCGGCUGAGCCGUCGCUUGGGAUUCUUCGGGACAUCUCUCUGCUAAUAUCAGGGAAUCGGAAGACAUCGCACUCGGUAGACCAGGAAACCGAACAGUCAUCGGAUAAGAACGUGAAUGACAAAGAUGAAAGCGCUAUGCAAAACCAAAUUACUGCAUUAGUACCCCACCUACUACCUACAACGGUUGCUUAUGGUGUUCCAAGUAAGAAAUCUUCAGCGUAUGGCAUAAAAGAGGUGACGGGUAUUUCCAUGAGUGUAGGGUCUAGUAAAACAGAGGCAGUAGCAUCCAAAACCACACUCGGGAUACAUGACGAAGGCAAUGCCAAAGCUAAUGCUGUCAUUCCUAAACCCUCACAAACCAUCUCUUCAGUUCUAUCGUUUUCAAGUGCGAAUGUUGACACUUUAAAAUCAAGCGACGUCUACGACGGUUCUAAGAAAUAUAAAACCAUAAGCAGUGGUACUGCUGCUGUUAGUUUCUCGGGUUUUUUUCUUCAAAAAACUCAAAGCAUCAAAUCGGCCGGAACUGUACAACUAAAGACAUCUUACAGCACGAGUGAAGUCAGUACAUUGUUGAGUAAAAUUUCACCACAGUUGAAAUCUUUGGAUUCUCAGCACUUUCAUGAACCUGCCCUUGGGAUCUUUAAGGGACUUGCACUGGUAUCGCAAUUAGAACAGGGAAACCCAUUGAACGCGCAUGCCUCUCUGAGAGCAAUUCCUGUGUCCAAAGACAUAGUUACAUCAAAGCAAUCAAGUUCUCAAGUAGUGCAUGCUAAGGAAACGGGGCCUUUACCAGAUAUAGAGGAGGCGUUAGAGAUGAUGGGGGAUACUGACCUUACGGAUCUACCAACUGACACAAGCAAGUCAAGGUUUACCCCACAGAGCACCAUGCUGGAGCCGACUGAAGCCAAGCAGACGCAAUCAAAUGUUAAAAAUACGAAGCAGGAAACCAUCAAUUUGCAAGCUGAUGGCAAAAAUACGAAUCAAAAACCUACUGAAGUCAUCAAGUUGCAUACUGAUGCUCAAAAGACCAAGCAGGAACUUACUGAAGCCAUAGGGCUGCAAGCUAGCGUUCAAAACACAAAGCAAAUUGUGACGGAGCUGUUACCCACUAAAAAGUUCCCGAUAAACAUCGAUGAUGAACUAAUGCAGUACUUAAAAGACAACUCGGUAGUGGCUGCGCUAUCUUCAAACCUAAGGUCCUCUAGAAACCUAACGCAAGCUACCACUACCGUAUCAAAACAGAGGCGCAUAAACGAGGCAACGCUAACAACUAUUGCGGCAAAACUAAAAUCAACGCCACAUUCAUCAACCAUUACCCCGUCUUCAAAUUCAAGUGAAACUCUAUUAUUUUCAAUUAAAGCUGCUAUUUUAAGCCACUCUACUCCAACACAGAUGGUCAAUACUCCGUUAAAACCUAACACUAAGAACUGUUACUCGAGUCCCGUCUUGAAGAAUCUUAGGUUCAAGUUUGGGAUGGACGCUGGCAAGUUCGAAGCAGCCGGAAACGUCAACAGCCCAAACGAGUGCAUGACAUACUGUUGCAUGAAAAGUAGGUGUAACGCAAUCUUCAUGCUGAGAAAUAAGUGCUAUUUAGUGUCAUGCGUUGACGAGUAUCACUGCCAGAGUGUAGAAGUAAAAUCAGAGUUCUACAAACCUGCAAUAGGGUAUAUAUCACGUGAUCAGGCUGAUGUGCAAGGCUUUAAACGAAUGGUACCUAGUGAUAGAAUACAAGAACUAAGCGGCAGUAUCAACAUGCGAGCGGAUGAACUGCCGAAUGCAGAUCGUGCGCAAACGCUGGGGGUUUCUGUGGCCUCUGGGGAAAUGAAACCUGUUUUAUCACAUGACCAGGAAUCCAUGGAAACGUUGCACCAUUUCCUGGACAGUCUCAGUCCCUCGACUACUACAGAAGAAAUCAGUUCUGAUUCCAUGAAGAGUUUGAAUAGUAUUGUUAAGGCUAGUGAUGGCAAGUCAUCGUUGAAAUCAGUGCGGAUGUCACAAAGUGAAAGCCAAGCUAUGCCUAGAAUGGAUCUAGAUCACACAUCAUCAAAAGUUGCGGUAUAUUCAUCCUUAAGUUCAAGUAAAAUAAAUUCUGGUCCUUCGACCGAGACGUCCUCUAUGAGUCCAAAUCACGACCUGCUGAGUUUCUUUAAGCAGAAUUUGGAUGUCUCUAGAAACAAACCUCCAGAAUAUUCUACUGUCUUAGCUUCUUUAAGCACACCUAAAGAGGUCCAUCAAUCUGCAUCGGAACCCUUGAAGAGGGUAAGCCCUUCACCGGGAGGUAAACCUUCUGAUAAAGUCUCGUCGGUGAUAAGCCAGUCUACGAUAAGCCAAAGCGAUAUCAUCAUAACCUCAAGAGUCAGUCACAGUGUUCAUUUCUCUAGCUCAUCAACUAUCACUCCACAAAUACCAUCACAUGAAUCUGGCGGCGCAAAGGAAAAACUUUUGUCAGAACAAAAUCUAGGAGGUAAAGCUUUACAUAUAGCUUCAGCUCCAAAGGCUGACAACAAAGAAGUUGAAAGUCUCAAGAAUGCUCUUCAUGUUCUUCAGUGGAAGCAGAAUCAGACAUCUUCUUCCUUAGAUACGGCUCAACGGUUGAUUGGUUCACUACGCUUGUACAUCGACAAGAUCAAUAAACAUAAGGGGGAGUCUAUCGAAAAGGGUCUCUCCAGCGAACACAUCGAAAAGAUUGCUCAUGAUAUCGCGAUGCACUUCCCUGUGAUUCCAGUAAUAAGAGAUCUGAAUCACACAGUGCAUGAACUAGUACGAAACGCUACAAAGACUGCAAAUAGGUUUGACAAAGUAAAGGGAAUACUCAACGAUAUUGAGACAGUUUUCUUCAGCAAAGAUAAUAGGCAUGAGCACCCGACAAUAAAACUAACGGAGAAAACAGCUCAUGGUUCUACAAAGCAGCCUUCGAGUCCAACACCACCAGUAAUAAAUAAGCCCGUAGAGCAUUUACAACCAAGUCAUCAAGAGAAUGAGAAGGCGAACGAAGUAGAGGUUACUGACCAUUCAAUCCUCCCCACACCAUCAGGAAGGGAAAAACGUCCUUUAUUUCCCAGUCACAAAGACGACGAUGAGGCAAACACAGAAAAGGAAACAGAUCACAUAAGCAGUCCUACUGCUUCCGCAAAUGACAAGCAAUCAGGAAUUAAUGCAGAGCAGUUAGAACUUUCCAAUAAAGACACAAAUCAAGGGAGAGGAGUAAAGACAACAAAGCAGCCAUCCAGUCCGACGCCACUAGUAAGUGAUAAGCAAUCAGGUAACGUGAACGAAGUUGUUGAACUCAGCCAUAAAGACAAAGGCCAAUCAAUUGGAAUUGACGGUGCUCCAGAAUCUAAAGCAGUGCAAGGUCGUAAUAGACCUACGGGACUUUCCAAGGAAGACAUUAGUGAUGCAAUAACAAAGAUCGAACAGAUGAAAGAGCAAAAGAAGGAAGACGAGAACAAAGGAAUAAUGAGUUACUUAAGUAAUCUGAUUGGCAAAAUAAAGGGACUUGUGAGUAGCAGUAGCACCUCCUUGACUUACAAACCAAGUCAUACGGACAUGAAUACGCAUCUGCCGAAAGAGGAAAAAAGUCCACCUGUAACCCAAGUCCCCGAUUCGAAACCAAAAGAAGUCAUUAAGACGGUCACACAACUUGUAACACCAUCUCCAGCGUUACCUGUACAUGCUGAGAAGGAAACAGCUGCUACGCCCCUUUUGAAGCUCCCUGCUGGGGAUACGACAAACACCCAGGGAAGUAGCAAGGAAACGGCGAGUAUUCCAACUAUACCUCAUGCUGCUAUUAAUACUGGAAAAGUACAAGAGAAGAAUACCGCAGUCGAAAGUGGGCAAAAUAUCGCGGUCAACUUUGCUGAAGGUCUAGAGCCAAUACACGAGUUGAACCUCGAAUAUAAUGACGAUGUAUCAUUCUGCGGUCACUCCUCAACUGAGUUUAAUUCGACUCUACGUGGAGGUAUAAAAUCAGGAAAGUUUAAGGACAUCGGGAAAGUACGGAAUGAUGUCGAUUGCGUUAAUAGGUGCUGCGAGGAACAAAAUUGCGACGUUGCGUUUUUCUUGCUGGAUAACUGUUAUCUUGUUAGCUGUUACACGGACAAGCUUUGUGAGAGCGUGCCUGCAAGAAAUCCCCACUAUUCCCCUAGAGUGGUUCAUGUCGAAAGAAAGACGUCUGAAAGAAUGCAAGGACAGAAUAAUUUCAAGCUGAAACUACAAGAUGGGCUUAUGAAACAGAGUGAUGAGACCAAUAAGCGUCCCAUAACACACACACUGACAAUUUUCCCUUCGAAGAAUCCUCCCAGCGAAGCGACUAAAUCAACACCAUUAGCUAUGCUUAAAGAAUCAUCACCAAUUGAAAUGGUUGAUAAUCCGAGCUGUAAAGCUUUCUCUGUGAAGUACGGAGUGACAAUGAAAGGCGGUCUACAUUCGGGUUUUUUCAAGGAUCAAGGCUCGGCCCCCGAUUUCGCCACGUGCAUCCGCCGAUGUUGCAAAUGGGAGUUUUGCAGUUUGGCGUUCAUGGUCUUGGAGAACUGUUACUCUGUAGCCUGUUACAAUGAUGAGUUAUGCGCAGUAGUACCGUCUAAAAGCCCACAAUUGAAUCCUCGCAUUGCUUAUAUCAAUAACCCAAAGCUUCAAGUCUUACAAGGAAGCACGCACAGCAAGAACUCAAGCCCUGUCUUAAAGGCAACGACAACUGCGGACACAAAGUCGACCUCAGAAAUGGUGUCCAAAACACCGAUGUCCAUGCCAAAGUUCAAGUGUAUUCCAGGAAGCAUCGAGCACGAUUUCACCUUGAGCGGGGGUAUAGAAGCAGGUACGUUCCAAGAUGUUGGAACGAUGGCUAGUAUGUCCGACUGCGCAAGCGCAUGCUGCGGCAAAGACACGUGUAACGUCGCCUUCAUGGUCAUGAAUCACUGCUAUUUGGUCACGUGUUACAAUGCUAAAACCUGCAAGACAGUUCCCGCCAAAAAUGCCAAGUACAAGACUCGCCUUGUGCACGUUGCUAGGCGACCUGCGGACGACGAGGUGAUUGGUCAGUUUCUAGCGAAUAUUUUGCAGCCGUUGUUAUCGGCGAAAAUAUCCCGUGCACAGGCUAAGUCAGUUGCCGUGGAAACGGGAACACAACUAGGAACAUCGGCAGAAGGAAACAGAAAAAAUGACAUUCCUAAAUUUCAUGAUGGUGAGAAAGGCACUGGAUUAAAAUUCGUAGAAAUUACACAGAAGGGUAUUUCAAGAGAAGAAAAAAAUCAGAAGAAAAGUAUAGGACAAUUGUUAUCGCCUUUGUCACACCCGCCACCUGUUGCAAUUGUAUCAACAAUAACGCCACCAACAUUAAACACACGCCCUCUCCCAUUAAUUCAACCCUUAAGAAUGUCAAUAAAGCACAACGACUCCCCUGCGUUACCACGUCACGAACUAAAUUUGGAUAUUACCACACAAGGUUUGGUGUCUCCGCAAACUUCAGCGCAAAAUGGCGAAGGUUGGAAACUCGCGAAGGAGGUUAAACGGAAAGGGAGCGCUAAUGUGGAGUGUGGAGUGGUCCGUGUUUAUCACAACGCGACGAUGCGUGGAGGGAUUCACUCGGGCGUAAUUAAGGACCAAGGAGAGGCUCAAGAUAUGAAAUCAUGCGUCUCUAAGUGCUGCCAAUGGCAGGCUUGUAGUGUGGCCUUCAUGAUACUCAGUCGAUGCUAUGCCAUAGCGUGCUACAAUCCAACCUCGUGCGAGGCACUUCCUGCGAACAAUGUUACUCUUAACCCAAGGCUUGCGGUUAUAUCGAGGGUUAAACGACAAGAGAUUAAUUUAUUUGAGGCUCUUAAGCCCAAGGAAAGUCCCACCCAUGAUCAGGCAAUGACUAAACACUCUAAAUCGCCGACAGUACACCAGUUAGAUAAAGCCUCUAAAGAGGAGUUUCCGUCAAAACCAAGUACCUCUUUAUCAACAGACCUUGCGGACACUCUUGAAUUAAAUACGACACCUGCUACCGUUGACACUUUAUCUUCUAUCACAUCUCAAACAAAGAAAAAGACACCUCAAAGGCUUGAUGAUAUAAACAUUGAUGAAAACAAACAGGAAAGACAAAAACAAACAGCCGAGAGUUUAUCAAGAACAGAAUCGGAUAAGUCUGAUUCACGAGAUGAAAAAUCAAGGAAAUUCACUACGAAUGCCACCCGCAAAAUAAAACCUGCUGAAUCUUCAACAAAUUCGAACAAAAAUACGGAAUAUUGCGAGAGUGGGGAUCCCCUUGUGGGCGUGACACUGAAGCAUGGACUUUCUGCUGGUACAUUCCAAGACAAGGGAAACGUCUCCAGCGCGCAGAAGUGUGGAAAAUUAUGCUGCGAGUCUAAGGAUUGUGAUGUUGCUCUUGUUCUCAUAAAUAACUGCUUUCUUGUAAAGUGUAAAAGCCAAGCGUACUGUAUGAGCAAGCCUGCUCGUACGCGUAAGUAUAAGCCGAAGCUUGUGUACGUGAAUAAAUUAAAGAAGCUGUCCGGUAUGGACCUUUUGGACAACGCGCUACCAGAAAUGGAUGAAGACGGCGCUAGUGGUAUACAUGAACAUGUCACGUGGUUUCCAACACCGCCUGGUGAGAAGGGCACGCAACCAAAACUAAUCAGUUCUGCGGGGAAGCCAACAAUACCCUCUGUACCAUCACAUUCCGUACCGUCUAAAUCUCGAAACACUAAAGAGCAUGCUAAAGACUUGCUAACACAGGAGUUUGAGACUCUUCCUGGUACCGCUUCAACAAAAUCAGCACAGGUGCACCCAAGUACCACCCAUAACGGGCUCCCUGUGUCCACAGCCGCCCCAACAACUAAUGGGAGGAAAGAGGUCAGCUCCUCAUCUAGCCGUCACGUGCUAGAUGAAACAAAAACAUUCCAAACCACCAAGGCGGCUUCUGUGUCCACAGGUGACCCAAAACCGCCUGAGCAGAACAAAGGCAUAGACGAGAAAGGGGCGAAGUUUCGACUUACUGGGCUUGAGUCGACUUCACCAGGGCAACACCACCACCCCUCCCCCUGUCAAAAUAGCCCGAUCUCUUACAAUGUUACGCUACGUUCCGGUAUCAGAUCGGGCAAUUUUACUGACCAGGGGAGGGUCGAGAGUGUUAAGGCGUGUGUUUCACUAUGCUGCGAGCGCGAAGAUUGUAAUGUGGCGUUUAUGCUAAAGGACAACUGUUACCUGGUCAGCUGCUUCUCGCAAAGGUCAUGUGAACCUGUACCAGCCCACCACAGUCGAUUUCAACCGCGCCUUGCUUAUGUACGCCAAAAGCCUGGAUCUGAGCUUAUGUCAUUUAUUGAUGAGCAGGACCAAGCUUUGUCAACUAAUGCACCUAGUUUGACAUUGUCAUCAACAACUGCUACACCAGCUCCCACUUUAAAACACUCCAUUAAAGCAUACAGAUCAGUAUCACUUUCUCAUAAAACGGGUGGAAAUGGAGACAGAAUAUUAAAAGAGAAUAAGGGGGAACUAUUAAAAAGCGAGCUAACUCAGAAAAAGCAUCUCCAUAAAGUCAGACUGAAUAAACACUCUAAGCGCUUGUCAAAAAGUCAACUGAAUGUGUUAUUCCAUCUAAUGAAACCGCACAAGAACAAUCACAGAGGUUCCCAUGGCCACGUGGGGAGAUUUAAAAACAGGCCCACCCAAAGACACAGCGUCCCGAGGCAAAUUAUUGCACACCCCACGGAACAACCCACAGUCACCCCGGAUGUGAAACAGAUUACCUUGAACAAAACGUACGGAGAUCCUUCGAUAGACGACAGCAGUAUCUUCUUUGAAGAUCGGUUUAAGGGUGCAUCUUUCAAGAGUAAAGGGGCUAAGCAUAGCAAACAACAAUUAAAGAAAAAGGGAAAUUCUAGACACAAGUCCAGUAAAAAUCAGUUAUUAUCCGACAAACAGGAAGCAGUGGAAUUUCUUCCCGAUUUAAAAAUGCAUGAUACUUUCUAUUUAAAACAUAACUUAGAUAAGCCGCAUGAGGAUCAAUCAGAAACAAGUGGAUCACAUUCUUAUGAUAGUCCAACGAGUGAUACGUCAUCUGUAGGAAGCACGUUAACGUCUACAUGUGUGCCUGGAGUCGUUCAAUAUAACCACACCCUUAAAGGAGAGAUGAACUCUGGUGUGUUCCACGAGAUCGAAGGUGUUCAGAGCAUCGAGGGGUGCACGUCGCGGUGCUGUGCGCACAAAUCCUGUGAUCUCUCCUUUAUGGUAUUGGGUCACUGUUUUCUGGUGACUUGCUCCAAGUCUGAUCCAAGUCUUUGCGAUAGCAUACCCGCGCUCGCGAUAGGAUUCAGCCCGGAGAUCGCGAGGGUUUUCAGAGAUACAGAAGAAGACGAAAGUGAAAGGGCUGAUACUGGAGCAGCGAGUUCUCCAAGUACCACCCCUCGGCCAACUUACUCACCAACAACACAUAAAACCACAAAGGCGAAACCAACGCCAAAGACUACAACUACCAAACCCACAUCGCCAGCAACGGUGCCUCAGUUUGUCCCGCCAAUCCCGCCUACCCCAAUAGCUGAAGAACCGACAAAAAGCUCGACAUCUUAUCAACCCGCAGCAACAGAUUCCCUCUAUAUAUCUUCACAGUCUACUCAGAAACCGAAUAACCACCAUCUUCACAGGACCUGUAAAGCAGAUGCCCUGGAGGUGAAUGUCACUCUACGAGGUGGUCUUCAUGCUGGAAAAUUCAAAUCAGUUGGAAGGACUCGGGAUGUGCAUGAAUGCGCACGAAGCUGCUGUGGUAAACCAUCGUGUGAUUUGGCUUAUUACGUGUUCCAGCAGUGUUUCCUGGUAAAGUGUUACGACGAUUACUUGUGCGCCACAACUCACACCAAACUUCCCGGGUUUGGUCCACAAGUGAUACGGAUAAAGCACAUUGUGAGACCCAAGCGUCCACCGAAGCCGCAAAUUGAUACCAUCUUCAACGCGAUCGAACCCACUGGUCCCACGAAAUCAUGCGCGCACUCAGAUAUCUUUAAGGAGUUCACCUUGCGUAAGGGAUACAAUGCAGGAGUCUUCACCGCACAUGGUAAAGUGGAAUCCUCGCAAGAGUGCCUGGACAUCUGCUGCCAGGAAAAGCGCUGCGACAUGGUGUUUAUGUUCCUGGACAAUUGCUUUACUGUGACCUGCAAUAACAGCAUUGCCUGUGAAAUUAUACCAGCACGCAAAUCAGCGUAUAAACCAAGAGUUGCGUAUCUCCUGCGUGGGCAUGCUAAGGCACCAGUGGUGCCAAUUGAUCCGGGCCUUCCAGGUUUCCUUCCAACUGUUAGUGGACCUGCUCCUGUGAAAAUUGUACAUUUUAAGGAGACACCUCUAAAUUAUAGGCAAGUGACGGGUCAGUCGAAGAAUAGGAUUCAAAAUAGAAAUAAGAAGAACCACAAUGGCCAUGGAAAGUGGCACAAGUACGGCAGAGAGAAGCAUGGUAAACAUGAGGGAAAAGAUGACUACGCUUCACAGCGAGAUAAGAAUCGAAGGGGGAAGCAGAGGAAGACCAAGGGAAGAACUCGUAAAAAGAAAAAGGAACAAAAUCAGCGCACUUCAGCGAUGGACAAAGUGCUAGAUAGCUUAUCCAAAGUCAUGAAGGAAAACCAAGUUCUUGAGAAUGAAGUCAAAGCGUUACUACACAAAGACAAAAAAGUUGAGAUCCCGUCGACGAACGCUACUAAGAAUGGGACUUUAGUCACAGAUAAGCAAAAACAGAUCAUCGGCAAUAAAAACUCUAGACUGGAUAAGAUAGUCAAGUCAGAAAUGAAUUCUCCCACAUCUGGGCAGUCGCCUGAUCAGGUAGUGGUUGAGGAUCUUCCCCAUAAUGGUGUCCAAGAACACCAGCUUUACCAUCACAACCACAGAGAGGACUUACGAACCAGCCCUAACUACGAUUACUUCCUGACGCCCAAGAAGAUGUCCAGGAGAAAGCUACAUGGUCCUCGUCGCCGAAAAGGUCAUAGGAAAUACGGUAGCGGAGACCGAAACUAUCAACGGUUCUCUGUUCCUGAUAGACCUGACGAGGAGGGAAGCGAGCGUUCAAAGGAGGAAGAUGAUAGCUAUCAUAAUGAAGAUGAUACGGAUGACAGUACUCGUAUGGAGCGUGUUAUUUAUAGACCGGGAUACUAUGGCAAACAUCUAAAGAAGGGAAGAUCCUCGCGACAUAGACAUCAUAACAGUGAAGGUAUUGGAGAUGAUGAUACUGAUAAUACGUCCUCCUAUACGGCGCCCACACGAUCUCAUCGUCAUGGAAGCCGCGGUCGCCAUAGAAACGAAGAAGAUAUCGGUGAUGAUGACGCUGAUGAUACGUCUUCAUACACGAUACCAACGCGAUCUCAUCGCCAUAGCAGCCGUGGUCACCAUAGAAAACAUAGACAUGACAAGCACAAUCCACACUCCAAGAGAAAAGGGAAGAAGAAAAAGAAAUCUAAAGGAAAGAUCGAUGCUCUUUAUGAUCGAGUAAAUGAGCUCUAUAGUAAAAUGAACUCGUUAUACAAGCUUGAAUCGGAGCCGAAGACUACACCUCGACCCAAGAUUUCAACAACAAUUCUGCCUAAGACAACAAAGGGAGUAACUCAAAACACUGCCACUACGCCGACAACUAAGGUUACGACUUUAAAGCCCUCUGAUGUUCCCACAUACCAUGCCAAGCCAACUCUAGAUGACUUGCUGAGAGACGCGGUAUUACAUCGUCCACCGCCUAAAUCAAAAAGCAAGGACUCAACAGAUGUCUUACUGAAUUAUAUCAAAGGUAUCUACAACCACGUUAAGAAAAUACACAAUAAGAGAAUCUCUGAUCACAAGAAGCAGAGAGAAAAGGAAAGAUUCGAUGAUUACUCGGGUUCAGGUUCGGGAUAUUUGAAGCACAGAAAAAAGAAGUCCAAGAAAAGAUACCCAAAACACUUCCACGAGGAAAAGAGCCUUCUUCAGGAAAUGAAGAGCCUCUUUAAGGACAUGAAGAAGAUGUAUCAAGAGAAUUCCAAGAAAAAGAAUUCCGAGACACGUUCUACCAUCCCUACAAUUCCACAUCCCAGGAAACAAAUACCACAGACUACUCCUCGUGUGAUGCAAAAGACAACACCUAUUCCCACGCUAUCAUCGUUGAAUCAUCCAGGCGCUACAGACACGACAAGCAUGAACAGCUUGAUUAGUGAUGUAGCAAGCAAGGUUGCCGCCGAAGUAGCGAACGGCAUAGUGAAUAAGGUCAAGGCGAACCAAGGGGUUCAUACUGUACCAGAUCUGGGAACAAGUAGAGACGACCAACUGCCAAGAAGUCCUGACUUAGAGAAGACAAUGGUGAAAGGCGGAAGAACACAAGGGAUGCCUUAUGAGGGUUCCAGUGCGCUAAAUAACAAGGAGAUUACUGAAGCUGUCAAGAUUCUGGAAGCAUUACAAAAUCCGGAAUCCUACCACCAAGCGAGACCCAAAGACACAAGGCUAGACAAAGCGAUCAAUUUGCUUGAACGAUUUAACGCCCUUGGUUAUAAUAACAUCAAUACCGAGAAGGGCUUGCCCACCACGAGUAGUCCUUUUUCAAAAUCAAAUAGUGACUCUGCCAUCAGUAAAGCUGUUAGGAUCCUCAAAAAUAUACAAAACCCUAAGAUGUCUAGUUCUCUUGUCAUGGCAAAGAAUCCCGAUUUGUCACACGAACUCGAAUCGGCGCAAUCAUCCGAUCUAUCCCGAGAAGACCACGCGAGAGUGUUCGACGCCGGAGUCGCUGAAGCGAUAGAUAUUUUGAAAGAUCUAAAGGAACCGCAUUCUGAGUUAGAGAACGAGGAGGUUUUGCCUCUGCGGAAGGGUGAUAAUUCCCUUUUUUCAAAGGCAAGGCAUCACCAUCGUCCUAACCCGGAGUUGGACGAGACUAGCUCUCUAACUACUAACCCUGAGUUAGACUACACAGAGGAAGAAUCUACUCCAGAUCUUGAAAAGCAAAGGCGACCAAAACAUAACAAGAACCCGGUGCUGGCUACUAAGCAGAACUCCAACAAUCCACUUGAAUCCCUUGUAGACUCUGUUGCAGAAGAAGCGGCGGAAAAGGUGGAAAAGGAAUUCGGAAAGUCUGGAGCUGUGAGAGAUGAUACUCGCGUUACUCAAGAGAACAUACCAAAGAUAGAUGAAGACAGAGGUGGGUAUGCGUCUAACCCGAAGCUAAACGAGGUUGACGCGGACGACCUCGGGAGUGAUUCGGAAGCCUUGCCGACAAGUCAAAGGACAUAUAUCCCUACUGAGCCUAUGAGCCCAGGAAUGCUCGGACGGCAAGAGCUUGACGCAAUGUUGAGGUACAGAAUGAAGCUGAAAAAGAAAAUGGAGAGCAAGAAGAGGACAAAACCUGGAUUGAGGAAAAAAGUUGACAUUCCUCAUGAUGUUGGAAAUGACGUGUAUUUGAUCGUGCAUCUUGGGUUUGAGGGUGCGGUAGGCAGGAAGAUUAAAGACGACUCUGGCCUCCAUAACGACGUCACCAUGACGUCCCAAACCGCUAUCACCGCCAAUGACUCCAAAUGCGGCUCCGCCAUGCGCAUGCGUGGAGGCCAGCUCCUAUUCAACAGCAAAUCAUUCCAUGGGACCCCACGCGAGGGCAUCACCAUAGCAACAUGGAUCAAGCUGGAAACAAUGUACAGCCUGUUUAACCUUUUCUCAACUCAGGGAGACGGUGCGAGGUACACACUUCAGGUUGUCAAUGGGAAAGUCCACUGGUCGCACCUGGAUGAUCGGGGGCGCGCCGUGUUUAGCUUGGAGACGGACCCUGUGGUGAACGCAGGGGACUGGACCCAUGUGGGAGCCACCUAUGACUCAAGAACAAACAUGAGUAAAGUGAUCGUGAAUGGCCAAGUGGUGGGCGAAAAGAAGGGGCAUGGCAAGUUGUCGCAGAACUGGUCCGGACGCGCUGGGAUAGGUCUGUCCGGCGGCAUCAAGGGCGUGGUUGACGAGUUCUACAUGUACAACCGGGCAAUCGCCGCCUCGGAUAUCGGGGAUUUGUCGGAGCAGUGUAAUCUCGGACCGGGUCAAGCGAUUCCUACCAAGGAAGGCGGCUACAACGGCUUGAUUCCAGAACACAUGAUCGAAGAAGCUUUAGCAAAAAUGAAAAGCUUGCAGCACAACACGACAACCACAUCAACAACCCGACCCCCAACCACCACCACCACAACCCCUACGACCACACCCACUACCCCACCAAAGAGCACAACUAAAGCCUUGACCAUGGCACCAGUUUCGGUAUCUGUAGACCAGCCUAAAUGUGAGCAAAGCCUAUUCUACUACAACACCCAGCUGAGCGCAGGCAUGAAGGCCGGUCUGUUCAUUGAUCUUGGUCACGCUAGCGUGACAACGGAGUGUAUCAAGCGUUGUUGCCAGAUCGAGUCAUGUGACCUGGUCUUCUUGUCACGCAAUCGUUGCUUUGCUGUGGAUUGCUUUAGCGACGAAUUGUGUGAGCCUGUGGCGAGGUCAGCUGUCGAUACGGAUGUGUCAAGUAUUUAUUACAUAUCGCGAAACGGAAAGUCCAUCGUCAGUAAAGUUGGCCAUCAGAGCCUCCAGAGCACUACGCUCCCUCCCGUCCCAUUCGCUUUGCCGACAAUACGACCGCUGUACUACAAUACCGUAGACGAUGAUGCUAACUGGGACUCGCCCCUCUCCCCCACUGAUCCAGCUCCUGGUCACGCGAGGUGCACGCAGAGCGUCAGUUACUACAACGUAGGCUUAAAGGGAGGAUGGCGCGAGGGCGACCUGUUGGACAACACCUACACUGCUACCAUGGACCGAUGUGUCGCGCUGUGCUGUGAAAGCCGUCGCUGCGAUCUCGCCAUGAUGAAGGACGGGGAGUGCUUCACUAUGAGUUGCCCUGUGGAAAAGUGUACCGUGGAGGACGGGGGAGAGUUUCAGAUCACCUUCGUCAACAGAAAGGGAGGAGAGUUCGACGAGCCGACUAUGUUUCCUACCUUCUAUUCCACACCAACACUUGGCGUGUCCGAAAGCGCGUCCGAGACACCGCCCAGCCACCCGGACGAGCACAAGAAGUACCUGUCAUUGUACCUUGGGUUUGACCAUCUGUCCGGGAAAACCGUGAUUGACGGUUCGGGACUCAACAACAACGCUGAGAUGACUACAGGCACAUCUAUCACACUUGGCCGUAAGGGUCCUGGGGCGGACUUCGAAGGAGGCGACAUCGUGCUUCACGGAAAACACUUCCGGCGGAAGCCGCGUGAUGCCGUGUCCAUGGCUGUGUGGGUGAAAAUGGCUGUGACACAGGGAACCCACUCGAUCUUUGACACCAUUGGCGGAAGUCGCUCAAUUCACAAGAAAGGGCAGUACCACUUUGAGGUAUCCAACGGCCGCGUGCGCUGGUUUCACCGCGAUGAAUACUCACGACCCAUCUUCGCCGUCCAAUCAGAUCCUUUCAUUGACGCUGACGAGUGGUAUCACGUGGCCGCCACGUACGACUCACGUGAUCGCUUCGCCAAGAUCUAUAUCAACGGUGAACUGAAAGGCGUCACUCGCGGCAAAGGGAAGCUCUCGCAGGACUGGGGCGAGAGGGCGGGGUUUGGCUCCCAUGGAGGGCGGAGAAUCUUUUUUGGUGCGAUGGACGAGAUUUAUAUGUUUAGUCGCGCUCUGGCCGGAGAUGAGAUCUUACGGUACAUUAACAAUCUACAGAAAGUGUCCGGAGCGAAGGCUUUUACUACGAAGCCGACGACGAUACCGACGAGUAUAGUUCUCGACUCAUUUUCAAGCAUGUCUACCGAGCCGCCUACCACUAGCGUUGCCCCUACUCGCUUGCACUUAAAGCAAGCUCUGGACUCUUUUAAAGGGGUAGGGAAUAACAAGGGUAACAAGACCUCGACUACUGAACCCCCAGUGACCACGCCCACUACAGCACCAACAACAACUCCACCAACGACUAAACAAACUACUACCCAGUUACCAGCCACAACUAAAGCACCUACAGAUACCAAGCCGACCACACCUCAGUCUGUGUGCCUUCCUGGUGAUGUCUACCAUAACCGUGACCUCGUUGGUGGGCUGGGUGCUGGGAAUUUCACGGACAAGGGCCGCGUGAAGAGCACGGAUGAGUGCAUGAGUCUCUGUUGUGUGGAGGAAGGGUGCACCGUAGCGUACAUCGUGGGGAUGAAUUGCUUCACUGUUGCGUGCAAGGACGAGAGAAGGUGCAAGACUUAUGUGAAUGGACCACUUGAGGUCAGCCCUGUUAUUGGAUUUGUCAGGCGAUAUCGUAAUGGAGUUGAAAUUUCACCUACAUUGUCACCAAACCCCAUCAGCAAACCAACGCACGAUACCAUGCCCAAAGGUACCCCAUCCCCAACACUACCAGGCGAGGACUACGAUGUCUUACCCUCAAAGAACCCCUCUUGCAGCCAUAGCAAAACGUACUAUCACGUGACUAUCAAGGACGGGCUUAAGGCGGGGGAAUUCAGCAAACUGGCGGAGUCAUCCAACAUGGCAGAGUGUGUGGUGAAGUGCUGCGCGCGCAUCUCGUGCCACGUGGCCAUCAUGAUGAAAGACACGUGUUUUGGAGUAAGGUGCAAGUCGAGGGAGGCGUGCGAGGCGAGGCCAGCACACCUGAAGAGCUUCCACUUGGCGCUCGUCUACAUAAACAGGAAAAAGCAAACAACACCCACUACUCACCCCUCUCAUUCCACGACGGAGCCCUCCCUCGACGAGCUUCUAGGACGCGUGCAACCAGCCAUCUCAGCACCGACCAAACCAUCGCUAGAGUUAUCCCCCAUAACAUACAAUAACCCAAGCAUCAACCCACCUACACCGGCCACCUCGAACAAAACCGACCAGUCCUGCUCGCAAGGUCUGCGCAUCAACAACGUUAUCCUGAACGGGGGCAUGGGUGCAGGCGAGGUUACCCAGUACCCAGAUAUCCCGGAUGUGGAGAAAUGCGCGGGAAAGUGCUGUCAGUCACGUGAUUGCCACGUUGCCUUAGUUAUUCGCGACGCGUGCUACACUGUGAAGUGCUACAGUAAGGACCUUUGCCGAACCCGUCCGCUCCAGGCCGGAAGUAACGUCACAUCCAAGGUCGUGUAUGUCAGUAAGAAGGGGAUCCAGCUAUUUAGCAGCGCUAACGAGGCGGAGGUUUCCUCUGAAAAGCCCCCAGUCACCUCCCCCCACGGGAGUGGUAACAACACUAUUGGGGGUACCCCUGUGGGUCCCACCCCCACUAAAGGCCAGAUGAAGUGUUUCAAAGGAAAGACGUUCUACAACGUUAGACUCCGCGGUGAUCUCAGCGCUGGGGAAUUCACCGAUCGGGGACUGGUGUCGAAUAUGGAUGCGUGCGCACAGAUCUGCUGCGAGGAGAGAUCAUGUGACCUGGCGUAUCUGCUACAGGGCAAGUGUUACUCGGUCACGUGUCAAAGCCGGGACCUUUGUCAAGUCAUCACAGCCUCGUCGCUGGCCCUGAAUCCCGCAGUCGCUUACGUUCAUCGAUACAUCGGGGGCGGCAUGUUACAAGGAAUUAUGGGAGGCGAGGUUACCCUUCCUACCACCCCACCUCACACUACCACCACCCAAACUACUACGUUACGAACAACGCCAAAACAUCACAAUGAUCACCAUACCACAACACUAAAGCACCCGAAACAACACCACCCCAAGAAACAGCACCCAGCGAAACAGCACGCAACGAAAAAGCACCCUAAGAAGGAUAAGGCCAAGCUGGUGAAGGAAGAGCUGGAGAACAUCGUGACUCAUCUGUCGGCCGCGGACUUGGCGACGAUCGUGUCUCUUGACGGCACGGAGACCGCGGCCCAGCUAGAAGCAAUGACGCGAUGUAAAGCCAGUCAGUUUGGCUGCCAGCAGUACUGUAUCAAUCUCGUGGAUGGCGGCCAUCGCUGUAUGUGUCAUGAAGGCUAUAAGCUCAGCUCAAACGGACGCGACUGUGAAGAUAUCAACGCGUGUCGUGGUAUCCACGAGUGUGAGCAUUCGUGCGUGGAGGACGCGUUUGGUAACAGUACGUGCGAGUGCAGAAGCGGCUUCAUGAUCAACGCGGAUGGCAAGCACUGUGACGACAUGGACGAGUGUCUGCUCGAGGUCCACGGAUGUGCCCAGACCUGUACCAACACAAGGGGUAGCUACAAGUGCGCAUGCUCAGAGGGAUACACGCUGGACACCGACAAGAUGAACUGCAGGAGUAUGACUGAGAAUGCGUGGAGAAAGGACACCACCCAUCCAGAUCGAGGGCUAGAAAUUCCUACCUUCAUCAUACAAACCCCAAAAGACGUGACGAUACGACAAGGAGGUACAGCGGUUUUCAACUGCAAAGCACGUGGCCACCCCGCCCCUCAUAUCGCGUGGGCGAUAGGAGCAAACGGCGACGCACCCCUCCCCACUGAUGACCGCUAUGACUUGCUUCCUAGUGGAGCCCUUGUAGUGAAGGGUGUCAAUCUUACUGACGAGGGGAUGUACAGGUGCGUCGCGUCCAACCCUGCUGGUGCGGCCACGCGGUCAGCGGUACUUAAAGUACAAGACCUCAACGAGUGCGAGAUCCGAAAGCAUACUUGUGACCAAGUUUGUGUCAAUACUAUCGGCAGCUUUCGGUGCGGAUGCAACGUCGGCUACACACUACGCAAUGACAGCAAGACGUGCUCAGAUAUUGAUGAGUGUCUCGACGAUGCCCACUUAUGUGACCAGCGGUGUACCAACACACCCGGGAGCUACGCCUGUGAUUGUUACCAUGGAUACAGCCUGUCAAGCGACAUGAAGACAUGUAUUGAUAUAGAUGAAUGCACGAUGACGUCACAUGGCUGCUCACAGCUCUGUAAUAACACCCUGGGCGGGUAUAACUGCUACUGUCUCAGCGGCUACUCGCUAGGCAACGAUAACAGGACUUGUACAGAACUCCGCUCGUACAGUGGCGCCCAGUCCAUCACGGUCUCUGCGGGCAUGGCCGCGUUUGGUGCGCUCGGCAUUGUUGCCAUGGCUGUGCUCAUUGCUGGGAUUGCUUACGGUGUAAGGUUCUACAAGAAGCGAGCAGAGCAAAAAGCCGAGGAUGCAGAGGCGGCUAAAAAGUCUCUAUUCUCUUGGCUGGAGUGAUUCGUUAGGAAGAUAAUAGGUAGCUAGGCAAUAUAGACUUUUUUAAACCCGUGCGUGAGACCACUGCCAUAGUAAAAGUGUUGGUCGGCUAGCGCAACAGAAAAAAAAAGCACUAGAGUACACUGGUGCCAAUUAAACAUUAUUUUCUGUUGUUUUUUUAAUCCACUUUGACAUUUAGGUAGAUAAUAUAUAUUUUUGUACAAGUAAUUUUUAUUUUUAUACUAACUAUUUUUGUAAUUAAAUUUAAGUUAUGCAUACAAAAUGUAAAUAAAAAAAUUCAAUGCGAA